AUGUCACAUUGUCUUUCCGUAUAUCGUCAGCUGCUAAGAGAAGUCAAUCUUCAGUAUACCAAGAACAACAGUCUCUAUGCCAAUGAAUUGAAGGCUGUUUACAAAGCAAACAAAGACAUCACCGAUCCAGUGCAGAUUGACACCCUCAAUAGAAAUGCUGAUGAUAUUCUCACGUUUUUAAGAAGUUUCCGACAGCACAAGGAACUUCGCGCACGAUACUCGGCAAUUGUUAUGGAACAAAAGAAACAAAUGGAAAUGACAGCUAAGCGUGUGGGUCUUGAGUUACCAGAGACGUAUGAUGCUGCUGCUCCAAAGCCCUUGUCUGGAUCGACUCCAAAAAAAGAUGGCGCUAAAGAAGAGGCUUCCGUCGUUGACCGCAUUGCGAAUGCCUUCAGUAACAAGCAAUAG